AUGUGGAACAUAUUUUCUAACGAAGACCUUUCAUUGCACAUAGAAAAAAGGGAAGAAGAAAGUUCAGAAAAAAAAAUCACGAAAAAAAAAGGGCUCGAAACGGAAAGCAACAAAAAUGGACUCACCAAGUCAGGAUCCCAUGGUUCCCCCAUCUCCAAUCAUAACAGCAAAAUAACGAACAAGGCAUAUGAGAUCAAAAUAAAGGAAUUGAGAAAAAAUUUCAGAAAAAAAUACAGGAUAGUGCGCACACAAUUAUUGAAGAUAAUAAAAAUUGUGAAGCAGUUUCCUGAGGUGGACGCAGAGGCAGAAGAGGAGGAGAAGAAGAAAGGCAGCAAGGCGGAAAAGGGUCAGGCAGAAAAGGACAAAGUUGAAAGGGACAAUGUUAAAGGGGACAAAGUUGAAAGGGACAAUGUUAAAAGGGACAAUGUUAAAAGGGACAAUGUUGACAAGGGAAAAGGCGGAAAGAGAAAGGAAGAGGGAAAAGGGACCACUAACGGCACCACCCCCGACGACAGUAACAACCAAACUAUAAUGGUCCAAGCGGAGUUCAUCAAAAAACUAAACAAGCUAAUCGAAAAAAUUGAUGUAGAAAAAUUGAAGACAAAAAAAAGGAUAAAAGGGAAGCAGAAUAAUAAGGGCAAGAAUGAAGGGGAGGGCUUAAAAAAUAAACCAGGCAAACAAACGUUCACCUCGAAGCCUUCUGUCUCAUCUCCAAAAAAUGAUUUACACAAAAGUAAUAUAAACGUAGUGAAAAAAUUUCCGAAAAAAAAUAUCCCCCCCAAAUCAGCAAAAAAUUUCCAAUACUUUAGUCCUCAAGAUAUGGGUGAAAAUACAGGGGGGAUGAUUUCACUACAGAAUGAGCAAAACAGCUUGAAGAAUGAGUACUUUCAAAAUGGCGGCAUGAAUGUUUACAGUAAAAACAACAACGAGGGGAAUAUGUAUCACGCCACGGAUGACACAGUAGUGACGGACUUUUAUAUGUACUCUUCUACACUGAAUGCGGGUUCGAUUCAGAAGACGAAAAAGUCACGCUGGCUGGGGGAUAACAUGAAUCAUGCCGUCACGAAUUAUAACGGUGUGUACGACGGGAACGGUUAUAACAAUUUUGGAGGCAAUAACUAUGGCUAUUGGGCAGGAAAUUACGACUACGCCGGGGGAAGCUUUAACUACAACUACGGAAGUUACAACUAUAACGGUGGAAACUACGCGAACGGAAGCUACAACUACGAAACGAAUAAUAACGCACCGUUCAGAGCUAAGGGAAAUCACUUCGCUGGAAAUAGCAACCAAGAAAAAGGUGCAGCAAACAAAAGCUUCUUUCAAAACAUGGCGUCCGCAUCUUAUACGCAGAGUUUCAAGGGUGGGGUACCCCAACAUUACGAGCCCCAGAAUUUGCAAAACGUAGCGGACGGGUACCAGACACAAAACAGAAACAAGAAACGUAAUAUGAACAAUAAAAAAAAGGGCUACAAGUUUGCCAAGGAUGAAAAGAUUAGGGGCUUACUACGCACAGCAACGAGUGAAAACGAUUUGGUGAAGGCCAUCGGCUUUGCUAAGGAUGCAGGUCUCCAUUUUGAGGCCAAAUUGGGCAGCAAAAAGCUUAACAAGCUCAAGUUGGAAGGGGAAGAGGGGGCUUCUUUGGAGGUUUGA